GUUUUGUAACGCUUACCUGGAUUUGUCACUCAAUACAAUAUUUGUCACACCCUACGUAUGUGUAUACGUUCAUAGUAGUGCCCUUUUAAAAAGCACAUUGCGGGCCAAGUUUCCGCGGUGAUUUGUAGCCCAUAGAGGAUUCCCAAACUUGUUGCUUUGGCCAUUUCAAAUCAGUCGAAGAUCAAGGGUGAUCGCUGCCGGAUGAAGGAUUGAAUUAAAGAAUGUGAGAGGGAUGUGGAGCUGUCCUAGUCGACUGGAGCGAGACCGACGUGUUGAUAAUGGGGGAUGUCCGCCACAAUCCUUCGUGCAUCCUAGGUCGGGUGGGUGCGCAUGGUCCUAACAUCUGCGACCACCAAAACUGAAACAUUUUGUCGUUUAUGUUAAAUUAAUUCGUUUGUUUACAUUUUUCUGUUUGUCUGCUUAUUAGAGAUCGCAAGUAUGUAGAGUCGUGAGACGUCGAUAGUUAUCGAUGCUUAUGGUGCGAUCUGUGGGGCACGAGGGAAACUCUGCCCUGAGAAAAGCCUGAGCUAGCGGCAGUGCCACCAAGAAAAGAAAGCAGUUCGUAACAUGUAGAGGUCUACGGUAACACGUGCUGCGAAUCUGCACACUUUCAUUCAACUUCCUAUCUUUUUAUAUUCCUGUGAGGCCAACGUUUAUAUGGACAGGCAGACGGAUAUAGGAUUACCGAAGCUACCUUCCCUUUCUUGUCUUUGUAUAUUUAAAUUAUGUUUACAGGUUAUAGGAAUGCCUUACUGAAUUACGAUAGUUACAGCCCUGAUUUCGAAGUGUUGGACAACGACUUUCAACAGUCCUUAGAAUUGAAUAUUUAAAAACUUUAAAUUGUAGAGAGUAGUGUGGAAUCAGCUCCAGAAAAUUACGCCGUCAUACAUCUCAAAAGUAUAUCCUUAAUGUGGUCUAGUGCUUGAGAAUUCGUUACUGAGGUGACCUUAGGUGGCAACCCCGAACCAAAAAGGGUUUUACCUCUCAUUGAGUGGCCUUUGCUUGGUCACCAUUUAUUUUGAUGACAGUUGUCAGACCAAGUUUUUUCACGCCAUUUAAUUUUCAUAAGGCAUCCAUCCCCAACGUGUGAGUAGCGGAGCAUCAAAUCAAAAAAGUUUCGAAGGCCAUCACAUUUUUUCGCAGUGAAAGUGAAAGCUUGUGAAAAUGACCAAGGUAUCAGGGACGAAGACAAGGGACGAUGGCGAGCCAGCCACUAAGCGCGAACGCAAGGAGAUGCAUUCGCACAAGAAAGAUCGCAGGGAGCGCAUGGAACGCAUGGAACGCAUGGAGCGCAUGGAUCGCAGGGACCGCAGAGACCGCAGAGACCGCAGAGAUCGCAGGGACCGCAGAGACCGCAGGGACCGCAAAGAGCCAGCCAGAGGCAUCUCCUCCCGGAUGAGGAACAUCUCACCAAAUCAUUCGAAAACUUCGGAGAGCACCGAAGCAGACUGCAGCGACUCCAGCUACUCGGACUCGAGCUACAGCACCUCUGGAUCGUCCAGCUGCACAAGCUUCUUGAGCUCCACCAGCAGCAGCUACUCGUCGAGCGACAGCGAGCCAGAGCCAGAAGGAUCCGUCAAAAAGCUUGAGCGCGCCAAGCACUCGUGUUGCCAUUACCGACACCAUCGUCGCCAUAGGCGCCACCAAAAUCCUCGUCAUUCGCACCGUCGUCGUCAUGUCACCCGUUGCCAUCACUCGAAUCACGGACGCUUCUCCAAGCGUUCGGCUAAAAAGAGUCGUCGUGGCAUAUCCGCCGCCAAGGGAGCUAUCACGGUUAAGGAAGAGCUUGUCGAAGAAAUAUCUCCUGCUUCAGCCGCUGGGGUCAUUCAGAUACCGGCACCCAUUCCGCAGCCCGUGCCGGCACCCAUUCCGGCUAUCCUGUCUGUUUCGGAGUCACAACCGCAUUCCCAUUCCCAUUCCCAUUCCCGUUCGCAAUCGCAUUCCCAUCUCCAUAGCCAUUCCAACUCCCAUAACAAUCCCCACCCGCAACCCGUUCCGGCCCCUGUCCCGGUUCCAAUUCCUGCUCCGAUCGCCAUGCCAACUCCGAUGAGGGAGCCAAGCAGCGUAGUAUUGGACCGCAAGUCUCGUGUACGCAGCUCCACCUCGCAGAACAUCGCCUCGGCCGCCAGCAGUUCUAGCGGCACCAACCAAGCCAUCAUACAGUCUAGCACUAUAACCAUUACCAAGACGAUUUCCAACGCCACUGGCAUGGCCGAAAGCCACUCAAGUGGCGGCGCUAGCAUCUCCAGCACAAAAAAUAAGGGGGACAGCAGCACCGGCCAAUCUGCAAAGGCAGUUGUCGCCCAUCACGUGGGCAGCAAGGCGACUUACCAAGCCCCCAAGACUUCAGUGGCAAGCACCUCUUCGAAAGCGGUGGUCAGGUCUAACGCAAGCGCCAGUUCAAGCCACGGGAACCACAUCAGCUCCAGCUCGAAUUUCACCCAGCUGCACUCCAGUGCCAGGCCCUCGGCAGCCAAAGAUCACAACAAGAGUCCUCAGCAGAACCGCUCCGGCAGCUCAGGCCCCAAGGGCAGGUCGUCAAUCAACGAUCUACCACGUCGCGGUUCUUCACCGUCCACUGGUGCAGAACCUAGUCGCCAAAAACAAAGCGGUCAAAACCAAAAUGGGCGGAAUUGCAGCAGCCAGUGGAACCACCGGCGCGGUGAAGGGGAUGGAGGAGGAGCAGAAGCAAAUGGACGGGGCUACAGAGCCGUGGGUGAGGUCAGAAAAGUGACUUCCAGAAACGGAAAGGACGCCUUCAAAUUUCGCCAACCCGUGCGCAAUGUGCGCCUGCACAUUAAGGGAUUGACGCGUCAGGUGACCAAGGCGCACAUCACCGAGAUAUUUGGUCACUUCGGAGCCCUGACGGCAGUCGACUUUCCAAUGGACCGUUUCCAAGGGCGCCAGGGACGCGGAUACGCCUUUGUGGAGUACUCACGUCCAGAGGACUGCGCCAAUGCCAUCAAGCACAUGAACGGCGGGCAGAUCGAUGGCAAGCUGAUCAGGGUGUCCGCCUUCCAGGAGAACAUGCUAAAGGCGCCGUGGCGUCAAUACCGCCGUUACUCGCCAGUCAACCGGCGCCAGAGCCAGCGUACGUUGUCCCGCUCGUCGUCACGCUCGCGAUCGCCGUCCCGCUCUGCGACCGGCUCGGAAUACGGGUCGCGGUCCUCCCACUCUCGCUUCCGCUCUAUGUCGGCUUCGCGCAAUCCUCGGCGCAACCGCUCCAAGUCGCGCUCCUACUCUCGCUCAUCGCCGCGCCACGGACAUUACCAUCGCCGCGAUUCGCGUUCGCCCUAGAUAGGCGGACCUGUCUAAUGUUGCAGAGGGAGGCGAGUUUGAGCGAGACAGGAUUUUCAGGACUCUGCCAGAUGCCUAUUUUGUAUUCCAUGCAUUUAAACUGUAAAUACAAAUGUAGACUUGAUAAACAUCGUGCGUUUUAAUGGUUACUUAUUAGUACUAGCCUAAUUUAAAAACAUUGUUGCGCUUAAAAUAAAUAUCCAUGCCCCGCACA